AUGACAAUGAAGCAAGUAAUUGCACAAUUAAAUUGGUUUUUAUAUAUUGAUUUACUGAUUUAUUGGUUUAUAAUUAUCAAGAAAUUUGUGCUUCCAUGGAGUCAUGCAAUCAACAAAAUUAUCAUCACUAAGGAUUCAACUUUUGAUUGGAUAGUCGAAGAGAAUUACAAUAUCUCUAAAGAUUUCCGCAAUGUUCAAAUAGAGACCACUGAAAGAUUAAAGACUGAUACAUCACUUUCAUAUACUGCUAAUGUUAAUGAAAUAUUGUAA